UUUAAAACACUUUUUGUGCUUUCUACUCCACUCACCUCUGUGGGCAUCUAGGAGGAGAGGAUGUAGGAUGUGGGUAAGGGAUGUGACCAAGUCAAUUCUCCUCCUUAUAAUGGUACAAGGUUAACUAUGUUCAUCCCACACCCUCUUUCUUGACCCCGUAGCUCCAGUUACUUUUGUCACUGCCCCCUUAUGCACUAAAAAAAAAAAAAACUACCAGGCAAAAAAUGCUGCCUCCCACUCUGCAGCAGUAGGAGAUAUCCCACUCUACAGCAGUAGGAGAUAUGUACCCACCAGUCGGAGAUAUGUAUACAUACUAUGUAUAAAAAAAAAAAAUGUAUACAUACGUAUAUAUACAUAGUAGGAGACAUGAAUAUUGUGUAUACAUAUAACUCUGAGUGAAAAAAAAGACACAUAUUUGCGUAUAUUUAAAAAACAUGCACCUAAGACAACACCCAUUUACAAGAAUACAUACCAAAAAAAGGAUACAUGUUAAACAUACUAAAUAUUCGCUUAGGAGAAUUAGAAGUCAGAGGACACAGGAGUAACAAUGGAAACUUAAGAAAUUAAAAAUGUAAUGAAUAUAAACCACACUAACUCCUAGCUCUCAACCCCUUGCCUCAUUCCGAUGCCACUAGGGUUCCUCAGCUGCCCAGAGCCUCCCCUAACUAUGUGUCCCCCUACUUCAGCAGUGUGGGAUGUCUCCUCCAUUUAUCUAUUCUUCCAGCCAUUUCGAAUAUCCUCUUCCAUUGUUCCCUCCUCUCUUUCUCUCUUGAAAGCCCCCAAUACCAAUUUCUUUGCUCAUUCACAUCAUGCAUAUCCUCCUUCUCUCUGUCUUACUCACGUCCUUCAUUUCUCAGUCUCUGACCCUCACUCAUCACCACCCUCCUGUGGAGAGAAGCUCAACCUGCCGAGACCCUGACAGAAUACAAAACAAGCUCAAGACCUUCAGCUUUUGCUUGCUUUCUCUCGAGAUGCCUGUCUCUCUUUCUCUGUGUGUGUGUGUGUCUGUCUCUCUCUAUAUAUAUCCCUCUCUGUCUCUCUCUCUGUGUCUAUCCCUGUCUCUCUCUGUGUCUCUAUCUCUCUAUAUCUCUCUGUCUCCCUCUGUCUGUCUGUCUGUCUCUCUCCUCUCUGUCUCUUUCUGGCCCCGGGAGCUCUGCCGCUUGUCUGAAGCCUGUGGCAGUGACCACUCCAGAUUCCCCUCUUAAGCCUCCUCCCCCUCUGUCCGUCCUAAUUAAUUACAAAGUCCAGCGGAUCAGUGAGCAGUUGGGGCCCAUCCUCAGACCUGUUUCAUGGGGAUCUGCUUCCUGACAGGGAAAGAUGACUCUAGCCUGGAGACAUUUGCCGAGAGCUUUGUGCCUGGAGACCUCCUCUCUCAGGAUCCCUAAGAUGUGUCCUUUCCUGAGUCUGAGUACUUUCUGGACAUCUGGAACCAAGCUCAGUCUUCACACAAAACCUAGGAUGCCUCCAUGUGACUUCACACCUGAAAGAUACAAGACCCUUUCGUAUAACCGCGUUCUGGAGAUCCACAAGCAACAUCUCUCUCCUGUGGUGACGGCGUACUUUCAGAAGCCCUUGUUGCUCCACCAGGGACACAUGGAGUGGCUAUUUGAUUUCGAGGGAAACAGAUACCUGGAUUUUUUUUCAGGUGUUGUCACUGUCAGUGUUGGUCACUGCCACCCGAAGGUCAAUGCAGCAGCCCAAAAGCAGCUUACCCACCUGUGGCACACAAGCACCAUCUUCUUCCAUCCCCCAAUGCAUGAAUAUGCAGAGAAGCUAUCGGCACUUCUUCCUGAGCCUCUUAAGGUCAUUUUCUUGACAAAUAGUGGAUCAGAAGCCAAUGACCUUGCCAUGCUGAUGGCCAGAGCGCACUCAAAUAACACAGACAUCAUUUCAUUCAGAGGAGCCUACCAUGGAUGUAGUCCUUACACACUGGGCUUGACAAACGUAGGAUCCUUCAAGAUGAAACUUCCCAGUGGAAUGGGUUGCCAAGCAACCAUGUGUCCAGAUGUUUUCCGUGGCCCUUGGGGAGGAAGCCACUGUCGAGAUUCUCCAGUACAGACAAUUAGGAAAUGCAACUGUGCACCAGGCUGCUGCCAAGCUAAAGACCAAUAUAUUGAACAGUUCAAAGAUACUCUGAAUACUGCUGUGGCCAAGUCAAUUGCUGGAUUUUUUGCAGAGCCGAUUCAAGGAGUGAAUGGAGUUGUUCAGUACCCAAAAGGGUUUCUAAAGGAAGCUUUCCAGCUGGUGCGACAGAGGGGAGGCGUGUGCAUCGCAGACGAAGUACAGACAGGAUUUGGAAGGCUGGGCUCUCACUUCUGGGGCUUCCAAACCCAUGAUGUCCUGCCUGACAUUGUCACCAUGGCUAAAGGGAUUGGGAAUGGCUUUCCCAUGGCAGCAGUUGUGACAACUCCAGAGAUUGCCAAGUCUUUGGCUAAACGCCUGCUUCACUUCAACACCUUUGGAGGGAACCCUAUGGCCUGUGCCAUUGGCUCAGCUGUGCUUGAGGUGAUUAAAGAAGACAGCCUACAGGAAAACAGUCAAGAAGUUGGCACCUAUAUGUUACUGAAGUUUGCUAAACUGCGGGAUGAAUUUGAAAUUGUUGGAGAUGUCCGCGGCAAAGGCCUUAUGAUAGGGAUAGAAAUGGUGAAGGACAAGAUGAGCCGUCAGCCUCUUCCUCAUGAAGAAAUAAAUCAAAUCCAUGAGGACUGCAAAGAGAUGGGGCUCCUAAUUGGCAGAGGUGGCAUUUUUUCUCAGACAUUCCGCAUUGCACCCGCAAUGUGCAUCACUAAACCAGAAGUUGAUUUUGCAGUGGAAGUAUUUCGUUCUGCCUUAAUCCAACACAUGGAGAGAAGAGCUAAGUAAAAUUUUUGAAAAGGAACAAACCCUAAAGACUCAAGAAUUCCCCACUUAAUGUUCAAGGGUGAAUUUGAGGAACGUCAAAAUCACUGGUAUUUGGAGAAAACCUGGGGCUUCUUAGGAGUUGUAAGAGACAGGGGUUGAGUGGCUACCAGCCAUAUUUGCUAAUGGACAGGGAUCUAUCCACAGAAAAUAAUGCCUAGGCAAUUCAUGUUAAAUUACUGAAUGAUCUCUCACAGCUAGUGAUUGAUGGAAGCUGUGAUGACCAACAGAAACUGCUCAUUGUCACCCUUCCUCAAGUGGCACCCAGGGCACAUGCCCAACCUGUGCCCCCCCCAUAGGCCUUUGCUAAUGGAGCCCCUAUUAUCUUGAAAAAUCCAUCCUACAGGGAAAGAAACUCUAUCCUUAGCUCAGAAAAUAAAUCCUCAUUAGUCUAGG